CAAUUUAGAAGUAGAUCAGCUCCUCUCUCCUAUUCCCUCUCUCCUACAAUUCAAAUUGAAAAACAUUCCCCAUCUCUCUCUCUCUCGAAACCCUAAUCUCUCCCAAUCUCUCUCGCUCUAAACUAAUCUCAUGAACUCAGAUAUGUCAGAUAAAAGAUUCAUGGGAACUCUCUCAGCCUCCUCUAUUCGUAAUCUCCUUCCUAAAUCGCUCUCGAAUAAGCGCAAAACGAGCAACAAAUCGAGUUUUAACUCUGAAAACAUCCCUCCGCUCUCCGAUCCGAACAUCCAGUCCUCCACGCUGCCUCAGGCAAUUAAGAAGUCUCCGAUAAAGGUUCAGAAUUUGCGAGACCGAGUUGUCGAAUCCGAUCCAGUUGCUGUGGCCUCAGAUCCAUCUGUUAAGGUUGUGGUGAGAAUCAGAGCUGCUAAUAGUAAAGAAGGGCUAGGAGAUUUCUCGGUGAGAAAUAUUUCCGACGAUUCAAUCUUGGUUGAGGAAAGGAAGUUUAAGUUUGAUUCAGUUCUCAAUUCAAAAUCGAAACAGGAGGAUGUUUUUGAGCUGGUUGGAGUCCCUCUGGUUAAGAACACCUUAGCUGGUUACAAUACAUCCCUUUUGGCCUAUGGACAGACUGGAAGUGGCAAGAGUUACACGAUGUGGGGUCCCCCAAGUGCAAUGCUUGAGACGAACAUGGCUAAUGGUCAGCAGGGUGUUGCUCCACGUAUAUUUCAGAUGUUGUUUUCAGAAAUUCAAAGAGAGAAAGAGAUUUCAGAAGACAAACAGAUAAAUUAUCAAUGUCGUUGCUCAUUCCUUGAGAUAUACAAUGACCAGAUCGGGGAUUUACUUGAUCCAACUCAGAGAAACCUAAAGAUAAAAGAUGACACCAAAACUGGAUUUUAUGUUGAAAAUUUGACUGAGGAAUAUGUUGGAAGCUAUGAGGAUGUAACCCAGAUUAUGAUUAAGGGGCUCUCAAGUAGAAAGGUUGGAGCAACGAGCAUAAAUUCAAAGAGUUCAAGAUCCCAUGUUGUGUUUACUUGCAUCGUUGAGUCCUGGUGCAAGAAUACUGCAUCAAAGUGCUUCAGCAGUACAAAAACAAGCAGAAUCACUCUUGUUGAUCUUGCUGGUUUGGAAAGAACUACACUUGAUGAUGCUGGUAAACAGUGUAUAAAGGAAGGGAAAUAUGUAAAGAAGUCUAUAUCACAGCUAGGGCACUUGGUAAACAUUCUUGCUGAAUCAACUCAGUCCAGCAAAACUGAAUCCAUUCCAUAUGAAAGUUCUUGUUUAACGCAUAUUCUGAGGGAGUCACUCGGAGGCAAUGCCAAACUCAGCAUUAUUUGUGCCAUUUCCCCAGAUAACAAGUGCAGUACUGAAACAGUAAGCACACUCAGAUUUGGAGUGAGGGCUAAAUCUAUUUCAAAUCAUCCAGUGAUAAAUGAAAUAACUGAGGAUGAUGUUAAUGGUCUAACUGAUCAGAUCCGCCAGCUGAAGGAAGAGCUCAUAAAAACCAAGUCAAAUGACUGUAACUACGGAAAGUUUGGAGGACACAGUGCCCGGGAAAGCUUAAAUCAAUUAAGAGUUAGCAUUAACCGCUCAUUGAUUCUUCCUCGCAUAGAAGAUGAUUCUGAAAAGGAAGUUCACAUUGAUGCGGAUGAUAUUAGAAAACUCAGUCUACAGCUUGAUAAUUUGCAGAACUCAAUUGAAGAUUUGACUAGUGAACAGUAUAUAAGCUGUUCUGAUGACAGUGAAAAAGAGGAAAACAGUUCGGAUGAAUUCCAGACAUCACUUACAUGUGAAAACAGCUUUAUAUCGUGUGAUGGACGUGAGAGUAUUGCUUCUAGAAAUAGCAUUUCUAUUAAUGCCUGUCGCCAGUCCCAGUCUGCUGUUCUUGAAGAACCUGCACCUUCAGAUUCACCUAAAAUUGGAAAUGCGCCAAGAAGAAGCGUCAUGCUCUCCUCAAGUCAUCUGGCGGGUCAGGAAAAUCUGUCUGACAGUUCCAAGUUCACAUCAGAUGUUUUGAGGCAGUCACGCAUAGGAACUGAUAUCCUCCGCUAUUCUUUGAGAUCUAGUAAAAUAAUUCCAGGCACAACCGAAUCCUUGGCUGCUAGCCUCAAGAGAGGGGUGCAGAUUAUGGAUUUACACCAGAGAAACUCCGUAUCAAUGAAAGACUCGGUUGAAUUUUCAUUUGAGCAUUUUGCACUGAAAUCUUGUCAAACAAUUGACAAGGCCAAUUCUCCUGUUCAUACCUUGGCCGAAGAGAGACAAUCUUCUGACAGAUCCUCAACCCGUUUCUUGUGUUCUGCAUGCAAUGAAAUAUUAACCAGUGCCACCGGUGAUGUCCAAAAUAGCUCGAACACAUCUCUUUCAAGGUCAAAUGAAUUGGAAGAUCAAACGUCUAUGGCUACAGACAUAAAACUAGCAGAUGCCACUAAAAGAGAGAAGGAGCUUGAGACCUUGUGCGAGCAGCAAAAAGCUGAAAUUGAGCAGUUGAAGCUCCUGGUAGAGCAAUCAAAAAAUCAGAUACAAACUAAUAAGAGCAUUGAACACGGUAAUGCUCUUCCUCUUGAGGUCCUGAAGAAUGAAAUAGUACCCAUUCAAGAGCUCCAACCUGAACAGUUGCCUUAUGAUGAAAGCAAGCAGCUGUUAAAGCAGAUCAGUUGUGGAAACCAAGAAACAGGAGUAACCAAUGAGCAGUGUGACCAUGAUUCCAUUAUAUCCUUUGAUAAAGAUGAGAAGGAAACACUUCUUAAAGAAAUUGAAAGCUUAAGAAGCAAGUCCCAGUCAGACAGUGAUGCAUCUUUACGGAAAUCUACUGCAAGAUUAAGAUCAUCGUCUUUAUUAUUGCAAUCAAUCCAGAUGAGAAAGAGUGGUGCAUAUUCUUCUCUAGGUAAUAGCGAGGAAGAACUUGAAAAUGAAAGACAAAGAUGGAUGGAGAUGGAGAGUGACUGGAUUUCCUUGACUGAUGAUUUGAGAAUUGAUCUCGAGUCAAUCCGUCAACGUGCAGAGAAGGCUGAGAUGGAGUUAAGAUUAGAGAAGAAGUGUACUGAGGAGUUGGAUGAUGUACUCAAAAGAUCCGUACUCGGGCAUGCUAGAAUGAUUGAGCAUUAUGCUGAACUACAAGAGAAGUACAUGGACUUGGUUAGCAAACACCGGUCUAUCAUGGAAGGAGUGGCAGAGGUGAAUAGAGCAGCUGCAAAAGCAGGAGGUAAAGGUAAGUCACGUUUUGCGAAGUCCCUUGCUUCCGAGCUUUCAGUCUUGCGAGUGGAGAGGGACAGGGAAAGGGAUUUGUUAAGGAAGGAGAACAGAAGUCUUAAGAUUCAGCUCAGAGACACUGCAGAAGCAGUUCAUGCUGCAGGAGAACUUCUUGUCAGGCUGAGAGAAGCUGAGGAGGCUGCUUCAGUUGCAGAGGAAAAUUUCACGAAAGUGGAUGAAGAGAAUGAUAAAUUGAAGAAGCAAGUAGAAAAACUGAAGAGAAAACACAAGAUGGAAAUGAUCACCAUGAAACAAUACCUUGCUGAGAGCAGAUUGCCUGAAGCUGCAUUACGACCACUUUUCAGAGAAGAAUCUGAUGUAGCACACAACGAUGACAUUACCUCGACAACGCAUGAUGAUGAUCAGGCAUGGAGAGCCGAAUUCGGAGCUAUAUAUCAAGAUCAGUAUUAAGUGUCUAAAGAUUCUUUAGUCUGUCAAUAAAUUGUGGUUGACAUAGAAGUACUCUCCUCCAGGCCCCCGCAAUAUGGUUUGCAUCACACCCUCCUUGGGUCUAUGCCAACGUACAAACAUCUCUCUUGGUCUAUGCAAACAUACAAACAUCUCAGUACUGAAGCAUUUGGUUCUUUGUUUUUACAGGCAUCUUUCUAUUGUCUUUCAACAACUAUGUAUUGUAUUCUUAUUCUUGUAUUUUUCACAGACUCAAAAUUCUUGCUUGGUUGACAAAUAAGUUUGUAUUGAUUUAAAACAGAUAAUAUUUCUUACUUUUUCUGCU